GGUGCUAGAGGUCCGAGACUGGCUCACCUGACAACAUGCAGGCCAGCGACCACGUUCGGAUGGCCCUGGGCCAUGGGGAAAGCAUUCAUACGCAGCAGCUAAGAACCGUCCGCCAAACCCAGAGGAGAGGAAGAAGAAGUGUGCGGCCUGACAUGCAGCUAUUCCCCAGCCCUUCUCUCUCCACCCGCGAAGAGAAGAAAGGGGGAAAACGGACCAAUUGUGUUCAGUUCAGUAAGGGCCAGUUGGAGUUGUUCUCCUCGAGCUCAGAGAGCUCAGUGUUCUGUUCAGUGUCACCAAGCACUCACAAUAUGUUCUCGAAUGCUUUUAUGUGCAGGGGAUAUAAGAGUAAAGAACGCAUUUUCGCAUCCAGGCCACGGGCCGAGGGCGGAAUGCUCCCCGAAUUCAGAAAACAUAAGAAUAAACAUUCCACUAUCGCAACCAGGCAAGCAGCCGAGGGCGAUAUGUCCCAAACACAAAAAAGAUUCUCUAAAGUGGAAAGACAUGAGAAGCGCUCCCCUAGUCUCACCACUGGGGGAGUGCUCGCUCAUUCGGCCAAAGCCCGCACAGCGAUUGUGAUGACGUCAUCACUAUGCGACGCCAGCGGGGCGGAAGUAUACGGAGGUCUUCUCUCGGCCCGCAUAGCAGACUGGCGCACAUGUGCAGUUCAUCCGUGGGUCUUAGCUACGAUUUCAUGGGGAUACAGGCUUCAAUUCGCAAUGAAACCACCUCGGUUCAACGGGGUUUUGAUGUCAGUGGCGGAGGGGGAAUCGGCCCGCGUACUGACAGCCGAAAUCGAAACUCUGUUAAACAAACGGGCGAUCAGAGUAGUGCCCGAGGAGGAGAGCCGUCAGGGUUUUUACUCCCACUAUUUUGUUAUCCCAAAGAAAGGGGGCACAGCCCUCCAUCCUAUUCUGGACCUUCGUGUGUUAAACAAGCACCUGUGAAAGUAUUCAUUCAGAAUGUUAACACACAAAGUACUCUGUCGAUCGAUUCGUCCAAACGAUUGGUUUGUGACAGUCGAUCUGGCAGACGCAUAUUUUCACAUAGAUAUUUACCCCUCUCACAGAAAAUUCCUCAGAUUUGCACACCGAGGCACAGCUUACGAAUUUCAAACUAUUCCAUUCGGGCUGUCGUUAGCCCCAAGGGUUUUUACCAAGUGUGUGGAAGCAGCUCUGUUCCCGUUGAGGAACAAGGGAAUAAGAAUAUUGUCUUACAUAGACGAUUAUCUCAUAUGCUCUUCGUCGAGAGAGCAAGCAGUGAAAGAUGCGGAGAUGUGUUAAAUCACCUCGGCAA